AUGGGUGCAAGGGUUAGCUGCAAAUCCGCUCAGUUUAAUGGUAAACUCAGACUCUUGGGACGCCUUGCUGGUUACGAGCUCACUUCUACUGCUGAAUUCGACAUGAACAAACUCAAGCUUGAUAACUGGAGUGUUGGACAGCGUAUCAUUGCAGGCAACGUGUCUGCCCAUCUCAAACUGUACCAAGAUAAAUCAGUCUUGUCAACACGCCAUCGGAUUCACCCUAGAUUUGUGACGCUCGCCGAGUCGAGUGUACCGUAUAAGAAGCAGCAGCCACGCAGGCUCCACAGUAGUGUGUCAUUGGGAUUCGAAUUCGAGCUUAGCUCUAGGGCGAGUCUUGAAGUGAUGGUUUCGGAUUCGUGGAAUCCCACUUUUGCUCUACAAUACCAGUUUGCAGAGCCUCAGUGUCUCCUUAGAGUUUAUCGUGACGCCUUCUCCAACAGAACCGGUGUUUCCUUUUCAUUUCAUCCUUGCUCUUCAAGUUAA